UUUUCAUUGCAUUACUUAAGCUUGCCGUCUUCCUCAUUUUUCUUCAACAAUCUUCUCUCUAGUUCACCUCUCUUCCUAACACUCAAUCAUCCCAUUCACAUUACUAUUGAAGUUCAGAUCCAAAGCUUCCAAGUUCCAUCACUAUGGCACCAGAGAAGGCUACAGAUAUGGUUCUCAAAGUCGACUUGAAGUGCCCAUGUUGCUACAAGAAGAUCAAGAAAGUUCUCGGCCAAUUUCCUCAAGUAAGCAAUCAGGUAUUCGACGAAAAACAUGACACAGUAUACAUAACCGUAGUAGUAUGUUGCAAUCCAGAGGAGAUUCGCAACAAGAUAGCUAAGAAAGGAGGAAAAACCAUAAAGAGUAUUGAGAUCAAAGAAGCCCCAAAGCCUAAACCUGCCACCGAUAAGCCAAAAGAAGAGUCCAAUAAGCCCAAAGGAGAUGACAAACCAAAACCCGAUAAGCCUAAAGAAGUUGCAGUUCCAGUUCAUGUUCCUGUUCCAGCUCCAGUUCUAGUUCAAGCUCCUGCAGUGAUGCCUCCUGCUGCUAUGAUGGUUCAAGCUCCAAUGGGAUACCCUUAUUACAUGCCUGAUUAUGGAGGGUAUCAUUCAGGACCUGUGGAGCCAAGUUAUAAUCAAGGGUAUUGGAAGCCAGUGCCUGUUAGUGAUAACUAUGGUUACUAUGGUUAUGAUCAUGGGGCUUAUAGAGGAUCGGGCUAUAAUAAUGAAGAAAAUCAAUCUGGCUGCACAAUCAUGUGAAAUCUUGAGUUAAGGGUAUCUAAUGUUUAUAGUAUUUUGGGUUUUACAAUCUCGGAAUGUUGUUAUUUCUUUUUGUAAUUUGCUAAAGAAUGUAGUUGGUGCAUAUUAAGGAUACUUAUGGUUUUGAAGGGGAUUACAGUUAGUUACCAUAGACAUAUAUGUUAAUAAACAGAAUGACUAUUUCAAUGAAGAAAAUUCAUCAGGCUGCAUAAUCAUGUGAAAAAUGGAUGUUGUUAGAUUUGUUUA